ACAACGUCAUUUAGCAACUUUUAGCAACAAUUUGACGUGCCUCUAGCAACUUCCCCGGAAAAUGAGUUGACAACAGUGCUGGUUGCUGUCUCGGUCACAUCGCGGGACUCCCUGCCGGACAUAAUAGGACUUAGCGAGCUGCUGCAGCGAACUUUGAAACAAAGUUACUCCAUAUAGUUAGACAGUUUAAAAGUGUAAAAGAGAAGCCUCCCACUCAACAACAUGCCUGCGGUUUCUAAAGGCGACGGGAUGCGUGGCCUGGCAGUGUUCAUCUCUGACAUCAGGAACUGUAAAAGUAAGGAGGCAGAGAUAAAGAGGAUAAACAAAGAACUGGCCAACAUCCGUUCCAAAUUUAAAGGAGACAAAGCUCUCGACGGCUACAGUAAGAAAAAGUAUGUCUGCAAGCUGCUCUUCAUCUUUCUUCUGGGCCAUGACAUCGACUUUGGACACAUGGAGGCUGUCAACCUGCUCAGCUCCAACAAGUACACAGAGAAACAAAUUGGUUACCUGUUCAUCUCAGUGCUGGUGAACUCCAACAGCGACCUGAUCCGUCUCAUCAACAACGGCAUCAAGAAUGACCUGAGCAGCCGCAACCCGACCUUCAUGAACCUGGCCCUGCACUGCAUUGCUAAUGUGGGCAGCAGAGAAAUGGCAGAGGCUUUUGCUUCUCAGAUUCCCAGUAUCCUGGUGGCAGGGGACACGAUGGACAGCGUGAAGCAGAGUGCAGCACUGUGUCUGCUGCGGCUCAACAGGACGUCACCUGACCUGGUGCCCAUGGGGGAAUGGACGGCACGAGUGGUCCAUCUGCUCAAUGACCAGCAUCUGGGGGUGGUGACAGCGGCCGCCAGCCUCAUCACCACUCUGGCCCAGAAGAGUCCUGAGGACUUCAAAACAUCCGUCGCCCUGGCGGUGGCAAGGCUCAGUAGGAUCGUGACCUCGGCGUCCAUCGACCUGCAGGACUACACGUACUACUUUGUUGCUGCGCCGUGGUUGUCCGUCAAAUUGCUGCGCCUGCUGCAGUGCUACACUCCACCUGAGGAUGCGGCGCUGCGAAGUCGCCUAACUGAGUGUCUGGAGACCAUCCUCAACAAAGCCCAGGAGCCGCCCAAGUCCAAGAAGGUGCAGCACUCCAAUGCCAAGAACGCCGUUCUGUUUGAAGCCAUCGCCCUCAUCAUCCACUACGACAGCGAGCCCACCCUGUUGGUUCGAGCUUGCAACCAGCUGGGCCAGUUUCUGCAGCAUCGGGAGACCAAUCUCCGUUAUUUGGCUCUGGAGAGCAUGUGCACGCUGGCCAGCUCUGAGUUUUCCCACGAGGCCGUGAAGACGCACAUAGACACUGUGAUCAAAUCUCUCAAGACGGAACGUGACGUGAGCGUUCGCCAGCGGGCCGUGGAUCUGCUCUACGCCAUGUGCGACCGCAGCAACUCCAAGCAGGUCGUGGCGGAGAUGCUGAGCUACCUGGAGAAUGCGGACUACUCCAUCAGAGAGGAGAUAGUGCUCAAGGUGGCCAUCCUGGCGGAGAAAUACGCCGUGGAUUAUACCUGGUACGUGGACACCAUUCUCAACCUCAUCCGCGUCGCCGGCGACUACGUCAGCGAGGAGGUGUGGUACCGCGUCAUCCAGAUCGUCAUUAACCGGGAUGACGUCCAAGGCUACGCAGCCAAGACCGUGUUUGAGGCGCUGCAGGCUCCCGCCUGCCACGAGAACCUGGUCAAGGUGGGGGGUUACAUCCUGGGAGAGUUUGGCAAUCUUAUUGCUGGUGACUCGCGCUCCAGCCCUCUGGUCCAGUUCGAUCUCCUCCACUCCAAGUUCCACCUGUGCUCUGUGCCAACGCGGGCGCUGCUGCUGUCGGCCUACAUAAAGUUCAUUAACUUGUUUCCAGAGGUAAAGGCCACGAUCCAAGACGUCCUGCGCUCAGACAGCCAGCUCCGCAACGCCGACGUGGAGCUUCAGCAGAGAGCCAUCGAGUACCUGAGGCUCAGCUGCAUCGCCAGCACCGACAUACUGGCCACGGUCUUAGAAGAGAUGCCUCCGUUCCCAGAGAGAGAGUCGUCGAUCCUGGCAAAGCUGAAGAGGAAGAAGGGCCCAGGAAACCUGCCCGACAUCGACGAUGCCCGUUGGAAUGUGAACGGCAGCGCCGAGCACAGCGAGAUCUCUGAAGGCACGGACAAGUUUUCUCCUUCACUGAUGACCAACAGACCCCGCCCUGCCUCUUCUAGUCCCACCCUGCUUGGUGCUGGGCCCAUGGGUUCCCACCCCUUCACAGAUCUGCUCAAUCUGAACUCCACCCCUUCAUCCGGAGCCAGUCUGCUUGUUGAUGUCUUGUUGGACAGCUCCACCCCGUCAUCCACAGAUGUGUCUGAGGACAACUUCUCCAGGUUUGUUUGUAAGAACAACGGCGUUAUCUUUGAAAACCAGCUGCUGCAGAUUGGACUGAAGUCUGAGUACAGGCAGAACCUGGGUCGCAUCUAUGUGUUCUUUGGCAACAAGACAUCCACCCAGUUCCUCGGCUUCUCGUCAUCAGUAACCUGCAGUGACACUCUCAGGACUCAGCUGAAUAUCCAUGCCAAGCCGGUCGAUCCCACGGUAGAAGGCGGGGCUCAGCUGCAGCAGAUCCUCAACAUCGAGUGUGUGUCAGAUUUCACUGACGCUCCCGUACUGGACAUCCAGUUCAGAUACGGCGGGGCUCUUCAGAACAUUGCGGUGAAACUCCCUGUGAUGCUGAACAAGUUUUUUCAGCCCACAGAGAUGAUAUCCCAGGACUUCUUCCAACGCUGGAAGCAGCUCGCACUGCCUCAGCAAGAGGUUCAAACAAUCUUCAAAGCCAAACACCCAAUGGACAGAGAUGUUACCAAUGCCAAGAUCAUAGGGUUUGGUGUUGCUCUGCUGGAUGGGGUGGAUCCCAAUCCCACAAACUUUGUUGGAGCCGGAGUCCUUCACACUAAGAGCACUCAGGUGGGCUGCCUCCUCCGACUGGAGCCCAACGCGCAAGCAGAGAUGUACCGUCUCACCCUACGGACCAGCAGGGAGUCUGUGUCCCAGCGACUGUGUGAUCUCCUCUCCGACCAGUUUUAGACUCCUCACAGCACCUGCCACUGUCCUUGUCUCUUUAGAUAGAAUUAUGCUAUUGUACAGUGUAAAUUCUUUUCUUUUUUUAUUUGACUAACUCCACAUGUAAAUGAAGUGAAACAUAGCUUUACUAAUCUAUCACUGCUUUAAACCUGCCUUGUGUGCUCGCACUGAGCCCCUCAGCCCAGAUGUUGCAGGCUGUGUAAAAAGGCUUCUCCAGUGGAUCAAUAGUCUCUGGUGUCAUUGCUCAGGUACUGCUGCUCCCAUUCAGACUUCUUGAAGAGUUGGCUUGAAGCAUUAAUGAGAUUGAGUUGGUUAGAAGUCUCGGUGGCAUUGUAAGCUUACCAGUGGUCUCAGUGAUGAAACCAGUUGUUGUGAUGGCCUUUCGUCACACUUAUGGAUGCACAGAAAUGGGAAGCUUUAAAUGACUUCUCGAUCCUUUUUUGCACUUGAUUGUUAAAAAAAUGUAUCCCAUAUGUCGAGCUGUGGAAGCCCUGAGGGGGACAGAAUUGUGGGGGGGAUCAUUUUUCAAACACUGAUCCAAAUAGUUUUUUUCUCCUGCGCUUACAUUUUUUGGGCUAAUAUAAUCUUUCCUUAAUGCUUUUGGAUUUGUGUAUGAAAUUGGUGAAAAAAAAAAGGUUUUGCCUUUCAAAAAUACCCAUUUUGGUCGCGGGCGUGCACCACUACUUCCUGUUCUAAUGAGGACUGAAGGUUGAAAUGAACCCUUCAAAGGGUUGUGGACUCCUCAGAGGCCUGUCACGGACACACUUAGACGAGAUCAUCACUUCAGUGUCACAAUUCUCAAUUUCUUUCACUAAUUUUACUUGUCUAUCAUCUCAGGAGAAAAAGCUUUGCUUUGCAUUGUGGUAUAUUGAUUUGAACAAAAAAAAGCAUGCUCCAGAUUUUUGUUGAUGGAACUUUUUGUGCUACACAUGCAUGACGUUUACGUGUAUCAUUCAGGCACUCUGAUCUAAAACGGGAAUGUAAAAACAAUUUAUAACACUAGGUAGCAAAGUGAAUCUGUGUGAUUGGGUUCCCACAAUGCGGAGUGUGAUGUCACUUAUUCCCUCGGCGCUGGUGGUACCUGCAGCAUCUUGUAAAAAGAGAAACCAGCAGAGGGGUGCAACUGGACCGGUCCCCAGUGCUGUCAGUCUACUUAGUCCAGGUGGUGCCUGAUAGGACCAGCCGUCGUAUGUCAUGUAUACUUUCACCCUAAUGAACUUCUUCACAGAACACUGCCAAACUGGUAACGUUUCUACAUUUCAAUAAUGUAUGGUGUAUCUUCUGUUUUAUAAAAAGUGUACUUUUAUCAUGAUCCUUGAUUGUGUGUUUGAUGCUUGACAUAAAAACCACUGUUGUGGAGUACCGGGCAGA